AUGCAAGACGCAAUGCAAAUCCGGAGUCUUGCUGCUGCAGCUUCGGAUAAGGCUUACGGUGAAGCUGAAGUUAUGCAGAUGAGGGACAAUAAGAACUAUGAAAACAAGGUGGCUGAUACAAAAGGGAUGCUUCGGUCCCGGAAAAAAGGAAGCGUGCACAUUGCCUUGUGGACUGCACUGGUAUUCCUGUUCGCUUGUGGUGUUUUGGGGGCUUCGCAAUACUUUGUGAAGAGAAACGCGCUUAUUAAUGCAGUGCACUUGUUCAUUCGUGAGGGAAAACCAGAUACGCCUUCUGUACAGUACCCUUCUACUUCACCAUGGCUCCUUUUGAAGGACGGCGACGGGCCGCCCGAGCAAGGCCCCCCCCAUUUGUUGCUGGACGAUGCGGGGAAGGUUGAGCAUGUACAUAUGGCAGUGAGGAUGCCAAGUUCGCAGAAUCUCGCUGCACAUGACACUGUUCCUGCACAAUUUGUAGCGCAGAGCCCUGUGAAAUGGCUUGAAAGGUCACAAGGUGCAAAGGAAGGGCGGGAGAUGCAGCCAUUAGCUUCAUUGAUGCCAGUUUCAGCACGAGAUAUUCCCAAUACCGGAUCACCCAGCCCGCGUGUUCCUUCUUCAAAACCUGAGGUUUUGAGGUCUGAACGACCGCAAGUGGCAGAGGGGAUACGAACAGUGCAGCCCACAGCUUCAGCUUCAUAUCCAGCAGAGCCUGGCACGCUUCCCACACAAAAUGUCUCUCCCUUCGAUCCAAAAUUGCUGGACCAAGAGAAGCUUGCCUCCGCAACACAAAAAGGGAAGGAUGUUGUAUACUUCGCGGCAGAGUUGGCGGCGCAUUAUUUUUCUGCAAAGCCUGCUGAGGAAGCCUUCAGUGCCACUAACCGAGGAAUGGCAGAAGCUGUAGGUGCGGUACUCUCGCAUGGGGCCACACGAGGAUUGGUAGGCACUUGUAUCCGCUUUUCUGACGUUGUUUCUGCCCCAGAGUAUGCCAAACGGCAGAUGGAGAUCGUCCGCAUUAUUAAAUUUGAACAUAGCAGCAUAUUUGUAGCAGUUAGAGAUGUACGCACGUAUGCAGUGCUAACUGUCCGCAUCCGCGUAUUUGAUACACUGCGUAGCUCUCCAAACAGGACGACGGCUGUGGUGGAGGAAAUGAAAGCAACGGCUCUUGCUCAUGGAGGUACAGAUAUGGCCCUGGCGACGAGUCACAGUGGACUCUUGGUGCCUCUGUUUACAGCGAGCUUGGAGGGGCUGGCUGCAGAAACUGUGUGUGGUAAUUACGUAGUUUUGAAGGAUGCAGAAGCUUAUGAGGAGCUCGUGGGAGACCUAGAGAGGACGUUAUCCGCUCUGCGUGCGCCUGGACUCGAUGCCAAUUUAGGCAUUAACUAUGUAGCAAGAACGCUCGUUAUCGAAACGCUUAACUUGCAGAGGUUAGGCGUUAGUCACAACCGCCUAGAAUGGGCUAAUCUGUUUGUAAACACCCACGGCACUGUACUUUUGGGGGGGUUGGAUGCGGCUACCCGUUUCGGAGACAGCCUACCUCUCUCCGCGAGGAUAAACCCACGUUUUGUUGAGCCACAGCUAAUGGCGGACUUAAAAAAUUCUGAAAGUAGCGGAUUCGCUGCCAAGGUUCAUGAGAAGUGCGACUUGUGGAGCUUAGGGGUUCUCUUAUACGAGCUCUUCAGCGGCAGCCAAUUUAGGGAUAUUUUGAGCCUUCAGGAGACAGGCACCAACGUUGUAGCACUAGAGCUGCGGAACAGUAGGGCAAGCGCGAAGUGGCAACAGUUGGUCAUCCGGCUGAUUGAACCAAGCAGAGCCAAGCGCAUUUCUUCUGAGGAUAUCGUGCGUGAAUUCGGGGACCUUUUACAACUGGACGACAUUUGA